UCAGAAUAAAGAUUGACUCGUCUGACGAACGGAUCGCAACCGCUUAAUCGAAUCGAGAUGGGUGCUGUUAGUUUUGCUCUUACCUUCACGGUUUUUCUCUACCUAUUAUCAUCAUUGUCGAAUGCAUAUAAUCUUGGAAAAGUGGCAACAACUGAACAAUUAAGCAAUAAUUUCGUCAAUAUCAUUAAAAUACCGAAAGAAAUUAACAGUAAUAACAGGGAAAUCGAAUUAGAGAUUGUGGAUGGCUCUAUGAAUCCGUUGAUAGUAUCAAAACCUGUAGCCUCUAUAAGAGAUCCAACGAAACUGAACGUAGGUUUUCAAGCUAAAGUUGAAUCGAAAAAUCUUCCGUUAAGUCCCAUUCGAGGAGACGUCUCAACGAAUGUCCAGCUUGCGAAUCAAGCGAAAUGGUUACAAGACACACUAUCAAGCGAAAGUAAAGCUUCUAAAGAAUUUUCGUCGGAAGAGGAAUGGGUUAAAAUUCCAACAAGGAGCCCUAGAGACAGGGAAGAAGAACGUGAAUAUUUUUACCUGUACAUUCCAGAUAUUAAGGAUACAUUAAAAGAUAAGUUUACCAAGGCGAGUAUGCAGCUUGGAUUGGAUGUCGGUGUCACAUCGAAGAAAGACACGGACAAAAUCGAUACCUUGAUCAUCAACAAUCGCUCGAGAGGGAAGAAGCAUUAUAUCUGGCUCUGUAAAAGAUUAAUCGACGGAUCGAUAAUGAGUUUGAUACAGAAACUGCAUGGCAAGGACUGCGUGAAACUCCCGAGGAGUGAAUUUUAUCUUGAAUCAAAUACGAAGAACGUGAAUUGGAAAAAAGACAGCACAGUUAGGCUAAUAGGAUUAAAAAUUGGAACGAAGCCUGGCGACGGAAAGGUAAUCCUUCAACACUUCGGAAGUGGAAAUAACGAAAAUAAACAGCGGAGCGGAGUAAUGGACAUGGUCGAAGCUUCAAUUUUAGAUACUUUGGCUAAUUACGAUGAAUCGAGCAUGAAAGCGACCGACAAGCAUGGAACGGGUCUAAACAUCAAUAUGCCUUUAAUCGAUGGUAAAAUCGCUAAUCUCUUGCACGACGGUAAACUUUCGCUAUCUGCGUCAACCGCGUUAAAAGUGUGAGAGAGUGAUAAUUAACGAUUGAGUCCGUUAACUAUUUAAUUCACAGCUUCGAUUAAUUAUUUAAUUUAUACACAUAUAUGUAUGUAUGUAUGUAUGUAUUUAUAUGUGUACAAAAAAUAAAGACAUUACUCAUACUGUUAAACCCAUUUUAAUUCGGAGAUUCAUGAGGAUAAAACUUCCGAAACAUGUACGCGUAUUAAAAUAGCAAAGCAUAGCUAGCGUUAAAGAUUAGAUGUAAAAGAAAUAUUAAAGUUAAAUAAAGUAUUUAAACAAAACCGCGGAUAGUCGCAAAAUUCGU